AACUGUUCGAGGUAAGGGAGUAGGGCAGGGGGUAAGCAGACCGUUCCUCGGGGCAGGGAAAGGGUUGGCAGGCCCGUGGACUGGCUCAAGGCCAGGCUGUCCAGUUCACGGCUUGUCAGGACCACCUCCGCAUCUCUACGGCUGAUCAGUGGUAAUCCAAAUAGGUUGUGAUAGACACCAGGCCGGGGAAUAGUGGUGUCUACGUAGUGUACUCCAUUUUCCUGACCCUCAGCCCCUAGUAGCUUCAGGCCACGUAAUCCUGAGCUCCCAGGGGUGAACCAAGGAAAGACCAGACUUCGAGUAGAUCGAAGAUAUCGGACAUUGAAUCUCCUGAGUGUGUCAUCUGUCACCUUGGUAAGGCCAAACACCACACGAGCUAGCUGGGCUUCCUCAGGGUCAGGAAGCUCCCAAAGAGGUAUGGCUCGGUUCCAGAUUCUCAAGACCUCCUCCCUGUCCUCAGCUUCUGGGCCCUCCCUAAGUAGGACUCCCUCUUUGGCCCCAUCCCCUCGUCCCUCCACACUGGCCUGGAAGUCUUCCCAGCUCCCUUCUGCUAGGCUGGUCAUGCAGAGAAAGUGUCCUGUGGUCUUGUCGAUGAAGAGGCAGAAGGAAGUGGUAGCAUCCUUAUUCUGAUUUUUGAUGUCUGAGGACGCCACAAAGGGACUUGGUGCUCGAAGGCAGCUGUGGCCAUCCUGGAAGGGGAUCCCAUGUGCACGUAAAUAUUGGCGGAUUUCAGUUGUAGUCACAGGUGACAUAGGUAUCUCUAAAGCUGGGAGCGCUUCUUUUCUGUACCUUCUACGGGGAGGGCCUGGAGCCAAGCUUCGGGGCAGGCCUCUCCUACCCACCCACUCCCCACGAAGUGGCAGCAAGAUCCGGAGAGGAUACGCACGUCGGAGAAGCAGCCACAUUUCCUAAUGGAGUGGGAUGCAACUGCUGCAAAAACUUUUGGUAUCUGGUUUAGUGCCUUCACUUGGAACCUUCCACAAAGCACUCACAGAACUCACAAUUGCUGGCUUUUCUCUUUUUCUCUACUAAAACUUCUUUAAGAACACAGUUCUUAAUCCCCUUGGUUGCCUGUAUAUUGCUACUUCAUCCCUACACACCUAUACUACCCUUUCUCGUCUACGCCCCUCUCUGAAGAUUCUCAUAUUUCUAGGGCCUUCUACGGUCCCUCAAUCUAAACGGCUUCUCUGUAUCAUCUCUUCACGUCUACUACCCCUCUACGGACUCUCCUCGCCAACCUCAUCUCUACGGCUUUCCGCAUCCUGUCUGAACCCCAACUCCAGGCGCUCUUAGUUCCUAGCGCUCACAGGGACCCUCCACACCGCUGGAGGUCACGCGCUCAGGCCCGGCGUCCUCACUGGCUCCGGGCUCUGCCCUCCACUUCAGAAGCUCCACGCUCCCGCCCCCAGCUUCGCGUCACCGCUCUCCUUUCUAGUGUUCUGUCCGCAACGUGGGUCGCCCGCACGCGCCAGUCGCUGUGACUCCGGAAGCAAAACUCUCCUAGGCGCCCAUGCCCCCGGAACCGGAAGUCGUCGGUCGCUACGUGCAGCAGCUGCAGCGUCUCAGCCUCAGCCUCAGCCGGGAUGCGCCCUCGUCCCGCGGCGCCAGGGAGUUCGUGGAACGCGAAGUGACCGACUUCGCCCGACGGAACCCAGGAGUCGUAAUAUACGUGAACCCGCGCCCGUGCGCCGUGCCAAGAAUAGUGGCCGAAUACCUUAACGGGGCUGUGCGCGAGGAAAACGUCAACAGCAAGUCGGUGGAGGAGAUCACGUCGCUGGUGCAGAAGCUGGCAGACCAAUCCGGCUUGGAUGUGAUCCGCAUCCGCAAGCCCUUCCAUACGGACAACCCUAGCAUCCAGGGCCAGUGGCACCCCUUCACCAACAAACGGACUGCCCUCCACGGGCUGCGGCCCAGAGAACUCCAGGAUUCUGCUCCGGCUUCCGUACAAGCACAGUAAAGAACCAGGCUUUGGACGGUGAAAGUGAUAGGAUUCGUUCCUCUUUCAGAUUUCAAAUGCAGGCCAAGUAGGUGGAGCCUACCAGCGAGGGUGUGGCCCGGGAGAAAGAAGAGCUUUCCCCAUUGCCCACUUGUAGCGAGGUGCUGCUACCUUGUGAAUACCCUAAUUCUGAUUCAGUUGGCCUCCUUGUAAACUGAGAUGUGAGAAGUGUACAACACUUCCAAAUGUUAUACAAGGACCUUGAUUUCUGAAAUACACAUAAUAAUGAUUUCAAAACACA